AUGGCCAGAGCUUUGUGUUUACCGCAUGUCCUCUGGCUUCUGGAGUGGGUGCUGCUGCUUGUGGGACCUGGUGCUUCCCCUCCUACCUGGGCAUUGAACCUGGACCCAGUGCAGCUCACCUUCUAUACGGGCCCCAAUGCCAGCCACUUUGGGUUUUCAUUGGAUUUCUACAAGGACAGCCAAGGGAGUGUGGCCAUCGUGGUGGGCGCACCGCGGACUCUGGGUCCCGACCAGAAGGAAACCGGUGGCGUGUUCCUGUGCCCCUGGAGGGCGGAGGGCGGCCAGUGCUCCUCACUGCACUUCAACCUCAAUGAUGAGACCCGAAAAGUAGGCUCCCAGAUUUUCCAAACUUUCAAGGCCGGGCAAGGACUGGGGGCGUCGGUCGUCAGCUGGAACAACAUCAUUGUGGCCUGUGCCCCCUGGCAGCACUGGAACGCCCUAGAAAAGACCGACGAGGCUGAGAAGACGCCUGUAGGUGGCUGCUUCGUAGCUCAGCUCCAAAGCGGCGGCCGCGCGGAGUACUCACCCUGCAGAGCGAAUACCAUGAGCAGCGUUUACCCGGAAAGGAGAUAUAGGGACGACCAUCGCUACUGCGAAGCUGGCUUCAGCUCAGCGGUCACCCAGACUGGGGAGCUGGUACUUGGGGCUCCUGGCGGCUAUUUUUUCUUAGGUCUCCUGGCCCGGGCUCCAAUUGCUGAUAUCAUCUCUAGUUACCGUCCGGGUGCCCUUUUGUGGCACGUGCCCACCCAGCGCUUGACUUCUGGCUCCGGCAACAAAGAGUACUUCCACGGCUACCAGGGGUACUCAGUGGCGGUGGGUGAAUUCGACGGGGAUCUCAGCACUACAGAAUAUGUCUUCGGUGCCCCUACUCGGAGCUGGACCCUGGGAGCGGUGGAAAUUUUGGACUUGCACUUCCGCACGCUGCACCGGCUACAGGGAGAGCAGAUGGCCUCAUAUUUCGGACACUCAGUAGCUGUCACUGAUGUCAAUGGGGAUGGGAAGCAUGAUCUGCUAGUGGGUGCUCCACUGUACAUGGAAAGCCGGGCAGACCGCAAGCUGGCCGAGGUGGGGCGCGUGUAUUUAUUCCUGCAGCCCAGAGGCCCUCACACACUGGGCACUCUCAGCCUCCUGCUGACCGGCACACAGCUGUAUGGGCGAUUUGGCUCUGCCAUCGCACCUCUGGGCGACCUCAACAGGGAUGGCUACAAUGAUGUUGCAGUGGCUGCCCCCUAUGGUGGCCCCAGUGGUCGGGGCCAGGUGCUGGUGUUCCUGGGUCAGAGUGAGGGGCUGAGUUCACGCCCCUCUCAGGUCCUGGACAGUCCCUUCCCCAAAGGCUCUGGCUUUGGAUUUUCCCUUCGAGGUGCUGUAGACAUCGAUGACAACGGAUACCCAGACCUGCUGGUAGGAGCUUACGGGGCCAACAAGGUGACUGUAUACAGAGCUCAGCCAGUAGUGAUGGCCACUGUCCAUUUGCUGGUGCAAGACUCACUGAAUCCUACUGUGAAAAAUUGUCUCCUGCCCCAGACCAAGACAUCAGUGAGCUGCUUUGAUAUCCAGAUGUGUGUAGGAGCCACUGGGCACAACAUUCCUCAGAAGCUGUACCUAAAUGCUGAGCUGCAGCUUGAUAGGCAGAAGCCCCGCCAGGGCCGGCGGGUGCUCCUGCUCGACUCUCAACAGGCAAGCACCACCUUCAACCUGGACCUGGGAGGAAGGCACAAACCCAUCUGCCGCACUACUAAGGCCUUUCUUCGAGACGAGGCAGACUUCCGGGAUAAGUUAAGUCCCAUUGUGCUCAGUCUCAACGUGUCCCUGCUCACCAAGGAGGAGGCUGGAGCAGCCCCUGCUGUCGUGCUGCAUGGAGACACCCAUGUCCAGGAGCAGACCCGCAUCAUCCUGGACUGUGGGGAAGAUGACGUGUGUGUGCCACAGCUCCAGCUCACUGCCAAUGUGACGGGCUCCCCACUCCUAGUUGGGGCAGAUAAUGUGCUGGAGCUGCAGAUGGACGCAGCCAACGAGGGUGAGGGAGCAUACGAGGCAGAGCUGGCCGUACACCUGCCCUCAGGGGCCUACUACAUGCGUGCCCUCAGCAAUGUGGAGGGUUUUGAGAGGCUCACCUGUAACCAGAAGAAGGAAAAUGAGACCAAGGUGGUGCUGUGUGAGCUAGGCAACCCCAUGAAGAAGAACGCCCAGAUAGGAAUCACGAUGUUGGUGAGUGUGGGAAACCUGGAAGAAGUUGGAGAGCAUGUGUCCUUCCAGCUGCAGAUCAGGAGCAAAAACAGCCAGAAUCCAAAUAGUGAGCCUGUGCUGCUGGAUGUGCCAGUCUGGGCAGAGGCACAACUGGAGCUGCACGGGAACUCCUUUCCAGCCUCCCUGGUAGUGGCAGCAGAAGAAGGUGACAGGAAGCAGAACAUCUCAGACAGCUGGGGCCCCAAAGUGGAACACACCUAUGAGCUGCACAAUGAUGGCCCUGGGACUGUGAGUGGCCUCCGACUCAGCAUCCACCUCCCCAGCCAGUCCCAAUCCUCUGACCUGCUCUACAUCCUGGAUGUGCAGCCCCAGGGGGGCCUUCAAUGUUCCCCACAGCCGUCCCCUAACCCUCUCAAGCUGGACUGGAAGCUGCCUACCCCCAGCCCUUCCCCCAUCCACCCAGAGGAUCACAGGCGGGAGCGCAGGCAUGCCUCCCCAGGCUCCAAGCAGCCCUCAAGUCUUCAGGAUCCAGUUCUGGUGGUGAGCAAGCUCUGUGGUCUCUGGCUGGGAACUCCCUGGGACCCAGGGACAGAGAGGAUGGGAGGCAGACCCCUGGAUCAGUUCAUCCUACAGUCGCACGCUUGGUUCAACGUCUCCUCCCUUCCCUAUGCCGUGCCUGCCCUCAGCUUGCCCAGCGGGGAGGCUUGGGUGGAAACAAAAUUGCUUCGGGUCUUGGAAGAAAAGCCUGUUCCAAUCUGGUGGGUGCUGGUGGGUGUGCUAGGUGGCCUGCUCCUGCUCACUCUCCUUGUCCUGGCCAUGUGGAAGGUUGGAUUUUUCAAGCGGAAUCAGCCACCCCUGGAAGAAGAAGAUGAAGAGGAGGAAUGAUGGCACAGCCCUCUCCCUGCCCCUAUUCUAGCCGGGAAUGCUGGAUGGUGCCUGCUGCACCCCUUCUUCUCUGAGUUGCCUCUGAGCUCUCACACCUAUGGGUUAGAACUGUUCCAAGGGGCCUCCUGGUAUUCUUCCCCUCCCAACAUAGCUGGGCCAUUCCCUUUCCUGCUGCCCAAUAAAGAGACUGAUCCUCAAA